AUGUUUAAAUUACUGAAUUUGUUAAAAUCACAUACUAUCAAUAGUGUGUGUCGUACCAAAGCUUCUGCCGCCAUAGUUCCCAGAACUUUAACAGAAUGGCGUCCACCAAGAGAAGUGUGGUUGGAAAACAUGGAUACUCUGGAAUCCAAAAAUAUUGGUAUCAUUGAGCUAGACAACUCAGUGUUUGGAGCUCCACCCAGGAUAGACAUCGUUCAUCAAAAUGUUGAAUGGCAGAGAAAGUAUCGAUUUGUAAGCUUUUCACACUCUAAAACUAGGAACGAAGUUCGUGGAGGCGGUAGAAAACCGUGGCCACAGAAGGGUUUGGGCAGAGCUCGCCACGGAUCAAUAAGAUCGCCUCUAUGGAGAGGUGGAGGCAUCGCUCAUGGACCGAGAUCACCAACCACGCAUUUUUACAUGCUGCCUUUUUAUAAUCGAGUGCUUGGACUGGUUUCUACCCUCUCUAUUAAACAUGCCCAGGAUGAUUUACACGUUGUGAGGGAUUUGGAAAUCCCUUCAGAGGAUCCCCAGUAUAUGAAAGAUUUAGUUGCUGCGCGGUUAUGGGGUCCCUCUGUUCUGUUAGUGGACUCGUCCGAUAUCCUCCCAAAAAAUAUAUCUUUGGGCGUGGAAACCAUUGACUACAUUAACCUCAUGCCGGUGUACGGUUUAAAUGUAUACUCCAUGCUAAAACACAGCACCGUAGUUUUAACUGAAAGCGCCGUAAAAGAGAUCGAAAAUAAACUCUUAGAGCAUUUAAACCGAAACGAUGCACGAACGCUGAUGUGUAAAUUUAAGUACGAUAGAUAA